CCCUUCGAGUCAUGGAACACUGGAGCGGUUCUGAAGAAGAGGACGGACAUCAAGACUAUCAUGAUACUGGGAGCUGGCCCGAUCGUUAUUGGCCAGGCCUGCGAAUUCGACUACUCAGGCACCCAGGCGUGCAAAGCUCUCAAGGCUGAGGGGUACAGAGUUGUUCUUCUGAACUCGAACCCGGCAACCAUCAUGACGGAUCCUGGCACAGCAGACAGGACUUACAUCGGGCCAAUGACACCGGAGCUGGUGGAACAGAUCCUUGAGAAGGAGCGGCCUGAGGCAAUUCUGCCAACUAUGGGAGGCCAGACAGCCCUCAACCUCGCCAAGGCCCUUUCAGAGCAAGGGAUUCUGGACAAGUACAACGUGGAGCUCAUUGGCGCCAAGCUGCCAUCCAUCGACAAAGCUGAGGACAGAGAGCUCUUCAAGCAGGCGAUGAAGAAGAUUGGCCUGAAGACACCGCCGUCAGGCACAGCGUCAACCAUGGAGGAGGCACUAGUGAUCGCGGAUCAGAUCGGCAAGUUCCCCCUCAUCAUCCGCCCCGCCUUCACCCUGGGCGGCACUGGAGGAGGCAUUGCCUACAACGUCGACGAGUUCCAUGAGAUUGUCGAUGCUGGCCUUACCGCCUCGCUCACAAAGCAGGUGCUCGUUGAAAUGUCGCUGCUGGGCUGGAAGGAGUAUGAGCUGGAGGUCAUGCGCGACCUGGCAGACAACGUGGUCAUCAUCUGCUCCAUCGAGAACAUUGACCCCAUGGGUGUCCACACCGGCGACUCCAUCACAAUCGCUCCAGCACAGACUCUGACAGACAAGGAGUACCAGAGGCUGCGUGAUGCUUCGGUGGCCAUCAUUCGCGAGAUGGGCGUGGAGUGUGGAGGCUCCAACGUGCAGAUGGCAGUCAACCCCGUAGAUGGCGAGGUGAUGAUCAUUGAGAUGAACCCGCGCGUGUCGCGGUCGUCUGCUCUGGCGUCCAAGGCCACCGGCUUCCCCAUCGCCAAGAUCGCUGCCAAGCUAGCCGUGGGCCUCAGCCUGGACCAGAUCGCCAACGACAUCACCCGCAAAACCCCCGCCUCCUUUGAGCCCUCUAUCGACUACAUUGUGACCAAGAUUCCCCGCUUUGCUUUCGAGAAGUUCCCAGGCGCGAAGGCGGAGCUGACGACCCAGAUGAAGAGCGUGGGAGAGGCCAUGGCCAUGGGCCGCACUUUCCAGGAGUCUUUCCAGAAGGCUCUGCGAUCGCUGGAGACUGGGCUGGACGGCUGGAGCCUGCCCAAGAACUGGAAACGCAUGACGAGGCAGCAGGUUGAGUACGGGCUGCGCGUGCCCAACCCAGACCGCAUGCUCAUCGUCAAGCAGGCAUUCGAGGACGGCUUCACAAAGGAGCAGCUGUUUGAGCUGACCAACAUCGACCCCUGGUUCCUGUCCCAGUUUGAGGGCCUGCACGAGACGGAGGAGUGGUUGCGCACGCGCAAGCUGGCCGACCUGUCCGCCGAGGACUUCCUGCAGACCAAGAAGCGCGGCUUCUCAGACCCCCAGAUCGCCCGCGCCGUCGGUGCGAGCCCGAGUGAGGUGCGCUCGCGGCGCAAAGAGCUGGGAGUGGUGCCCUCCUACAAGCGCGUGGACACGUGCGCGGCCGAGUUUGAGGCGGAGACGCCCUACAUGUACUCCUCCUACGACGGCGACUCCGAGGCCGCGCCCUCCUCCUCGAAGAAGGUCCUCAUCCUGGGCGGCGGCCCCAACCGCAUCGGCCAGGGCAUCGAGUUCGACUACUGCUGCUGCCACGCCUCCUUCUCCCUCAGGGCGGCGGGGUACGAGACGAUAAUGAUGAACAGCAACCCGGAGACGGUGUCCACGGACUACGACACAUCCUCCCGGCUGUACUUUGAGCCGCUGACGGUGGAGGACGUGCUCAACGUGAUCGAGACCGAGCGCCCGGACGGCAUCAUCGUCCAGUUUGGCGGCCAGACGCCCCUCAAGCUGGCCGCACCCCUGCAGGAAGCCCUCACCAACAACCCCAUCCCCGCCGCCUCAGGCGAGGGUAAUGUGCGCAUCUGGGGCACGUCGCCGGAGAGCAUAGACGAGGCGGAGGACCGCGACAAGUGGUACAAGAUCCUGACGCGCCUCGACAUCAAGCAGCCGCCGGGCGACAUGGUGGUGUCGGAGCAGCAGGCGCUGACGGUCGCGCAGAAGCUGGGCUACCCCGUCAUGGUCCGCCCCUCCUUCGUGCUCGGCGGCCGCGCCAUGGAGAUCGUCUACACGGACAAGGACCUGAAGCGGUACAUCGAGAACGCGGUGGAGGUGGACCCUGACCGGCCGGUGCUGGUGGACAAGUACCUGGACCGCGCGGACGAGCUGGACGUGGACGCGCUGUGCGACAAGGACGGCAACGUAGUCAUCUGCGGCAUCAUGCAGCACAUCGAGCAGGCCGGCGUCCACUCCGGUGAUUCGGCGUGCAGCAUUCCGCCGCAGACAAUCCCUGAGGAGUGCCUGGACACAAUCCGUGACUGGACCACCAAGCUGGCCAAGGCACUCAAGGUCAUCGGUCUCAUCAAUAUCCAGUACUGCAUCCAGGACAACGAGGUGUACAUCAUUGAGGCGAACCCGCGCGCGUCGCGAACAGUGCCGUUUGUGGCUAAGGCGAUCGGGCACCCGCUGGCGGCGUACGCGAGCUUGCUCAUGUCCGGCCAGACUCUGUCUGAGAUCGGCUUCACCGAGGAGCCCGUGCUCAACCACGUCGCCGUCAAGGAGGCCGUGCUGCCCUUCGAGAAGUUCCAGGGCGCGGACACUCUGCUGGGCCCUGAGAUGCGGUCGACGGGAGAGGUGAUGGGCAUUGACAAGACGUUUGCCAAGGCGUACGCCAAGGCGGCCAUCGCGGCCGGCCAGAAGCUGCCCGCCAGCGGCAACAUCUUCAUUACCAUGAUCGACAAGCACAAGCAGGACGUGAUCCCCAUCGCCAAGAAGCUUGUGGAGCUGGGUUACGGCAUCGUGGCGACGCGCGGAACUGCGGCGGCGCUGCGUGAGGGCGGCGUGGAGGCGACGGAGGUGCUGAAGAUCCAAGAGGGGCGGCCCAACGCGGGCGACCUGAUGAAGAAUGGCGACAUCAGCAUGAUGUUCAUCACGAGCACGGGCAACGAGGAGGACGUGCGUGACGGCAAGAACCUGCGCCGCCUCGCCCUCGCCCUCAAGGUCCCCAUCAUCACCACCCUUGCCGGCGCCCGCGCCACCGUCCAGGCUCUCGAGGGGAUGAAGUCGGGCCCCCUGGAGCAGGUGCCCAUCCAGGACUACUUCCCAGCGGCCAAGGAGCUGUCCCCCGUCGAGUUUGCUGCUUGAAUGAGGCUUUGUCGGAAUUGUCAGCUCUUCAACCUGGUUUGUGCAUGCCAGCACGUGGAAUGGUUUAGACUCUGGGAAAGUUGUCAUCACCGCUGCUGUUGUGUGCUGAUUAGUGGGCGCUUUUUGGUCACUUUGUGACGCGGUUGCAUGGCGUGUCGCUCUCAGACGUUCAAUGUCUGCUCCGAUGCACAUGCCAAUAGUGUUGAGAGAGCUCGUUUGACAAAGACAUGCUGCACUGAGUGCCCAAAGUCCUCUUCAGUAGCGAUCUUGUGAAUCUCUGUUGCGACACAUGGCACACCAAAUGAUUUCUGCAAUGAUUGGCAGAAUAGUAUGGAAAAGGUCUCAGCAGUUCUGUUACAGCAGGACCAAUCAGGUCAGCACCUGAAUUUUUUCGAAAUGCUCGAUGCAUAGUCUUCUUGAGACUCUCCCGUUGACCAUGGUACCCUGCAUGUAGCCUUAAGCAGCCUAGGGCCGCAGGAGGCUCCGACCCGCUGGCAGGGUACUGCUGUAGGCUAGUUCAGUACUAGCUUACUCUGAUGCUUGAUGUUGAUACUUCUCCAAUGGCAACCCUGAUUGUAGUGAUGCAUUGUAGCAUGGUGAAGGUCCACUUGAAGCACAGUUGAGCCCAACAAAAAUCCCUGCCUAAAAGUAAAAAUAUGUCUGGGU